AUGCUAGUAGUUGCAUCGGCCUCCGUCGCUACCGAAGCGUUUAAAGCCAAUGAUCUUGCCAUUUCAAACCGCCCCGCUCUUGCUUUCGUAGAUGAAACACCUUAUGGGCGUGCCGGAUUCUUCAACGCCCCCUAUGGCAAGUACAGGAGGUUCAUGAAGAAGCUUUCCAUGACACAAUUGCUUAAUACUACGCAGAUUGAACGUUCACGCUCUAUUCGACGCGAAGAACUUGUACAACUUUUGUGCAGACUGUUCGACAGUGCUCAGAGAAGAGAACUAGUUGAUUUGGGCACUGAGUUCGUGAAAUUUACAAACAAUUCCACCUGCAGGAUGGCGAUGAGCGCGAAGGUUUCAGGUGAUAAUAGUGAAGCUGAGCAGAUUAGGGCGUCGGUGAAGGAGUCUAUGCAGUUAGGGUCCAAGAUUUAUUUAGGGGAGAUCUUGGGGCCUUUGAAGAGGUUGACUUUUUGGCUAUAUGGGAAGCAGUCCAUCAAAUCCUCAUUCUCUCGCUUCCCCGCUUUCCUCGUGCUCCUUCCAUAG